GUGGUAGCAUGCUCUCUUUUCUUCCCCCAUCUCAGUCCCAGCAAGCCUUCGUUACUUUCCAAUAACCGGACGGAACUUCGAGCGGGAAUCCUUCUAUGUCCAGUCUCACGGUUUGAUACAUGGGAUAUCACCGCAAACACGCUCAGGUGUUGUGGCAUCUGAACUCUGGUACUUGGCUUAACUCCGAGUUCAAUUCAUCGCAAUCGUCUUCCAAAUGAAGCGUCACCUCCUUGUUUACGCCUCGCGGACUCUCGGGCCUGCAGUAUGGAAGCCCGGUAUACUUAGGCUCUAGUAUAUAUAGGAUUGGUUAAACAAAGUUUCAGGCGUCUGCUGCGCUAUCAGUCUCAAUGUUUUUUGGAGACGAGGAUACAUUUGAUCCCCAGUCGGACCUAGUCGACCUGAAAGGGAAGGUAGCUGUCGUCACUGGUGGAAGUCGGGGCAACGGGUAUGCGACUGUCAAACACCUUGCCAGAGCAGGAGCGAAAGUCUAUCUUGGUUGUCGAAAUGAUAAACAAGCCAAGGAAGCUAUGGAAUAUCUGCGUUGGGAAGGACUGGGACCAGGAUUUGGUCAAGUCGUCUGGUUAGACCUCGAUUUGAGCAGUCCUAAACGUGCCAAGGCAGCCGCCGAAGAGGUCAUUCGGCGAGAGAGGAGGCUCGAUAUAUUAGUCAACAAUGCAGGAGUGUGUUCAGGGAAAUUUCGAGGAGGUGAUGGUGCGUUGUCAACCAUGGCAACAAUAAAUUACCUCAGCCCCUUUGCAUUCACCAGAACGUUACUUCCUUUGCUCGCCGCCACGGCCUUGAAUGAUUUCCAUUCGGACGUACGAAUCGUCAAUGUGGUGUCAGCUUCCCAUAAACUUAUACCCUUCCCUUCACUCAAGUUCAAGACUGUUGAUGACCUUAAUGCCAAAUCGCUUCCUUCGGAGUAUUUAAGAUUCAGCCAUUCAAAAUUGCUCUGUCUGUUAUGGACUGAGCAGCUCCAACGUCUCAUCGACACCGCACAUCCACUCGGGCCUUUGCCCAUCGUCGCUCUUUCCGUCGAUCCCGGAGUGACCGAGUGCUCUAAUGCGCAAGUGAAGCAACACAAUUCGAUGGUGACGAGCCUACGCGCAACAUUCAGCAAGCAUCUAACUACCUGGACGGGAGUUGCAUCACCCGUUGUGGCUGAGCAUGAGCGAGGAUACAGUACCGCGUUUGCUGCGGCUUCGGAGACUAUCUGGUCGGCGAGAGUGAAAUACAAGGGAGUGUAUUUGGAGCCUUGUCCGAACGGACAGUGUCCGAAGAUAUUAUCGAUUGGGAUGUUUGCACGGGAAGGGGUGAAGGAUAAGGAGAGGGAGAGAAUACUUGCAGAGGAUUUGUGGGGGUUAACUGAGAAGGUUCUGGCUGAAUGUGGGGUGGCUUGAUCUUUUUUUUUUUAAUUUCUAUUCUGGGCUCGCUUAUAUAUAUGAGCAACACUGUUUAUCAACCCUUUGUUAGUAGAUAUGAACUGGAACCGCCUUCCUCUCAAAAGUGGAGGUCGGUCAGAGCCGGC